AUGUCGUCACCUGAUAACGAUCUUGGCAUUCAGAAGAAGGAUCUGUCGCUCAUUGAAGAGCAAGCAAGAGCAGAUGCUACUGCUGCUGGUAUGGACGACGAUGCUACUCAGUAUCACAUACGGUUGGCCGUUGACCAUGCCAGAGACUACAACGACCUCUUUGACGCCUUGUCAACUCGGGCUGAGGCUGGUUCUGUACGCCCUCAGGCUCCAGUUAUCGACAGUGGCCACAAGGAGGAACUUCGUGUCAAUCUGCAAAUGCCUAAACGAUACAGAAUGUACCUCACCGAUGAGUUCUACGAGAUGUGGGAUCAGUACGCCUCUAAGCAGACCUUCGAGGAGGACACGCGUGCUCGACGUAUGUUGGCCGAAUACGAUAAGAAGUUAACUGAUGAUAAGAAGCUCUCCAACGCUUUCCUCGACCAGAUGAUUCUCAACAAGUUGAUCGCCUUGGCCCCAGCUUCAGCGAAGGCGGAGCUGAGACGACGUCAGCCUACCGGGUAG